AUGUGGAGGAAAGCAAGGGAAAACAAAAACGAAGAAUACAAGAAUGUUGAUGUAAAAGACAUAGCUAAUAAAAUAAUUGACACUGAAACGCAAAUUAAAGAUGGAUCCGUGAACCUUGAUCCGGGCACGGAUGCACUCACAUUAGUAUUUGGCAAAGAAAAAGGUGGGUAUUUAAAAGGUGUUGGUUAUGGAGUGACUUCUAGUAGAUAUUGGCAGAGUCCUCGAACAAAAGGAUCAUCAAAAGAACGAAUUGCACAACUGGAGUUUCAACUACAUAACGAGAGACUUGAGCGUGGGAAAAAAGAUGAACAAAUUAAGACCUUUUCGAUGCAGAUGGCAGAAACAAAUAACACACUUAAUCAAGUUUUAGCUCAUCUGGCUGCACAAGGACAAACAUUACAAAUAUGUUCAUUAUCUGCAGACAAAAUGUCACAAACACAAGUAAAUUCUUUGGAUAAACAUGACGGAUCAAAGCAUAAGGCCAAUGCUACCGCAUCUAAAAUAGUGCAAAAAGAAAUGGCACCAACGGUAAAAUCUAUGAACAAUAGUACUGGAUCAAAGGACAAUACUAAUGUUACCACAUCUAACAUAUCAAGUAAAGUAGUGCAAACAGAAGUCACUUCUCAUGCUAACACUUCUAAAAUGGUGCAAAAAGAAAUGAUAACGGAAAAUGUGAAAACUAGAAAAAAAGAUGUUUUGUCUACGCAAGAGACUUCACUUCUUGGGACAUCAUCGCAGUCGGAAUCACAAGAAAAUAUACAUAAUACACAUUCAACAAAUGUCCUAGAGAUCAAGUGUACUCUAUAUACUAUAAAUAUGAACAACUGUGUGGCUUAUGGUACAAUUCAUUUGUCAACGGGAAAACAAAGCAUUCAUGGAGUUCCACUACAAGAUAAUUGCUAUAGAGUUUCUAUUGAUAAAGUUGUAAAAUAAGCAGCAUUUCU